CUGCUCUUCUUCUUUUCUUCUCCCCUGCAACCCGAGACGAGCCCCAUUACCGCCCCCCUUUUUUCCGGCCGAAAAUCCGGCAAAGCUUGGGGAUUUCUCCCUAUUUUCUUGUUUUAAAACACCUGUUGAACCCAGAAAUCUCCCUCCCCUGCUGGAAAAUCCGGAUCUGCCCUGCUUUGCUCUGUCCUUCCGCCGGUUGCUCCUACCUUGUGGGGGUGAUUUGCUUCGAUUUUGGCCGUGAGCUUUCUUCUUCCAUGCCGCCGGCAACUCCCCCAACCUGCAGUCCGGUUUCUUUGCUUGCAAAUUCUGGUAUGUGGCAGCUCUUUAAGCCUAAGUUUAGCCAUUUAUGUGCUGCCUCUGUCGUCUUGUUAAUUGACUGCUGUGUGAUUUUUGGAGAAAAUCCCGUGAAAUUAGCUAGUGUUUUGCCCAAAUUUUUGAAGUUACCGUCACUGAUCACAGCGGAUCACUGUUCACGGGGUACUGUUCACAGGGUACUGUUCAUAGGCACUGUUCACACACCGAGGGUUAACAAUUAACGGGGAUUUAAAGGUUUAGUUUGUGAUAUAAGGAUAAAUUUGGAGAUGUCCAGUUAUGCGGAGAUUGAUAGAAAUAGCACCGUGAUUAGGGGUAGUGUUAAAGAUGAUUUUACUUUGGAUUUUGUGGUAGUGCGGUAUUAACUUCGGAAUAUUGUGAUUAGGUUUUGAUCGUUCUGUCACCAUAGCACUUGGGUUAGCCCUCUGUUCUGUGCGAGUGAGGUAAGUAAAUUAUGGUAAAGCCCUUCGAUUUUAAAGUUUGUUUUAAUUGUUUUUGAGAUGGUGGCAAGGUUCAAAUUGAUUUUAAAUUGAUUUUAUCAGCAUGUGAAUGUGAUUAAACUGAAAUGAGAGUUUUGAUGAUUUUUAAUGAGAAUUUCCUGGUUUUCCUAGAAAUGAGCAUGACUGAUUUGAAAUAAGAUUAUUAAUCUUUUUUGUAUUGAUUUGAGCAUGCCUACUUGGACUUUAAGUGAUUGUCCUGAUGAUUUGCAAGCGAUUGGUGAAUUAAGAUUUUUCUGUUAAUUCCUGCCUGUUUUGUCUCCGAUGUGGAUAUGUUAUUGAUGACCCUGCUUUGAUGAUUUGAGAAUUUUUGUAAAUUAUGAUUUUCCGGUUAAACCCAUACCCACAUGGAAUUUUCUGGUUAUUUCUGAAAUUUGGGAUUUCGAUUGUGAAUUACGGAUUUUGAUUGUGAAUCCUGCAUGGUUUUGUCUCUGAUAUGGUCAUGAUUCCUGAUCCCCGCUAGUGGGUGUAUAGCACUUCCGAUCCCCGCUAGUGGGUGUAACGCUAGCACUUCCGAUCCCCGCUAGUGGGUGUGUAACACUUCCGAUCCCCGCUAGUGGGUGUAACGCUGGCACUCCUGAUCCCCGCUAGUGGGUGUAACACUAGCACAUGUCGACAUGUUUACUGAUGACCGGUUUAUUCUGUCGCCUGCCAGUGGGUUGUUAUAACACUGGCCAUGACUUAUAGAUG